AAGGCCCACAUCCCACAUCGGCACAACCCCCAUCUCACAUCGCCGAUAGCUUCACUGUUUCUCUCUGGAAACCCAUUCACCUGGCCUCUCGCCUAUAUUAACUAUCUCCCAGAGCUUUAGACUAGAAAACAUCAGCCCCUCUGUAUAUUCUACGCGCUUGUGUACCCUGCGAAACCCACGCAUUGGCGUGUGAUUUUGAUCCGAGCAAACAUCUUUCUGCUGGAUUCUUCCUGGCUUUGAGGAUCACGCAACACCUCUGUCUCCAUUGUUGAUUCAAACAUUGUUUCUUUAAAUCUUUGAAAAAGCGAAAAGAAAAAUCUUUAUUCAUUUGCUUUUGAAUUAGGGUUUUGGGACAUGAGGUUGAAUAUGAAUGAGGAGGGGAGGGAGGAGGAGGAGGAGAUGAUUCAGGGACGCUUUUCGAUCGGAGAAGGGGGAGGGUUUCAAAAACCCAUGAAGCUGGUUGUGGUGGGCUAUGCUCUUACCUCCAAGAAGACUAAGAGCUUUUUGCAGCCCAAGCUUGAACGUUUAGCUAGGAAUAAGGGGAUAUCAUUUGUUGCCAUUGAUCAAAAUCGCUCCCUUUCAGAGCAAGGCCCCUUUGAUAUUGUGUUGCAUAAGCUAUCAGGAAAGGAGUGGCGCCAGAUUCUUGAGGAUUACAGGCAAACACAUCCAGAAGUCACAGUUCUUGAUCCUCCAGAUGCCAUACAACAUGUUCACAAUCGCCAGUCCAUGCUGCAAGAUGUUGCUGAUUUGAACUUGUCUAACUCUUAUGGCAAGGUUGGUGUCCCCAAGCAAUUGGUUGUCAAAAGAGAUGCAUCAUCCAUCCCUGAUGCAGUCACCAAAGCUGGGCUAAAACUACCCCUCGUUGCAAAGCCAUUGGUAGUGGAUGGAAGUGCAAAGUCACAUGAACUAUCACUUGCCUAUGAUCAAUACUCCCUUCAAAAACUAGAGCCUCCACUUGUUCUUCAGGAGUUUGUUAACCAUGGAGGUGUGCUGUUCAAGGUUUACAUUGUUGGGGAAGCUAUAAAGGUUGUCAGGCGUUUCUCGUUACCUGAUGUCACUAAACGUGAGCUCUCCAAAAAUGCUGGUGUAUUCCGUUUUCCAAGGGUUUCUUGUGCUGCAGCAUCUGCCGAUGAUGCAGAUCUAGACCCUUGUGUUGCUGAGCUUCCUCCUCGACCCUUACUUGAGAGACUAGCUAGGGAACUUCGUCGACGGCUGGGUCUCCGGUUGUUCAACUUGGAUAUUAUCAGAGAGCAUGGGACUCGAGAUCGUUUUUAUGUUAUUGACAUCAACUAUUUCCCUGGGUAUGGGAAAAUGCCAGAAUAUGAGCACAUAUUUACAGACUUUCUGCUAAGCUUGGCUGAGAGCAACUACAAAAGACUUUCUGGUAGUAACGGUUAAAGGCUUGUGAUAAUAUGAAGUGGUAUUCCCUAAUCCUAUUCAAAUGCUGUUGCAAGAAUGUGUUGUGGAUAUGUGGCACAUGUAUAGGGUCAUGUGUGAUUACUGCUAGCAGUUGAAGGUGGUGGAGACACGUAAAUUGCAGUCUCUCCCAAUCAACUUCUGUAAUAACUGACUGGCGGCAGGAUGUGUCCUCCAUGUACACAGUUUUUCUCGAAUAAUUUGAAAUCUCAUUCUUGUUUCAGGUUUGCUUA